UAUCUGAAAGAAGAAAGUUUGAUGAGAUGGGGAAGAAGAUGAAAGCGAUCAUCGUAGGAGGAAGUAUAGCGGGCGUAUCGUGCGCACACUCGCUCACGUUAGCAGGCUGGGAUGUACUGGUACUCGAGAAAUCUUCCGAACCUCCAGCUCGGAGCCCUACCGGUGCUGGACUCGGACUCGACCCUCAAGCUCGCGCAAUCAUCAAAUCAUGGCUCCCUCAUCCACACCUCUUAGACGAAACCACCUUACCUCUCUCCAUUGAUCAGAAUCAGGGAACAGAUAGUGAGAAGAAAGUGACGCGAGUUUUGACAAGAGACGAGAGUUUUGAUUUUCGAGCAGCUUAUUGGUCAGACAUCCACGGUCUUCUGUUUAACGCGUUGCCUGAAUCCAUGUUUCUUUGGGGACAUAAGUUUCUGUCUUUCGCUAUGUCACAAGAUGAAUCGACUGUAAAGGUGGAGACUUUAGUUAUGGAAACUCAAGAGACUGUUGAGAUUCAUGGAGACUUGCUCGUUGCAGCAGAUGGGUGUCUCUCUUCCAUUCGGAAAACGUUCUUGCCGAACCUUAAACUGAGGUACUCUGGUUACUGCGCUUGGAGAGGUGUUUUUGAUUUCUCAGGGGAUGAGAACUCGGAGACAGUUUCUGGAAUCAAGAGGGAGUAUCCAGAGCUUGGGAGAUGCUUGUAUUUUGAUCUCGCUAGGGAUACUCAUAGCGUGUUCUACGAGCUUAGUAACAAGAAACUUAACUGGAUUUGGUAUGUUAAUCAACCAGAGCCUGAGCUUAAGAGCAACUCUGUUACGCUAAAAGUAAGCCAAGAAAUGAUCAAUAAGAUGCAUCAAGAAGCAGACACCAUCUGGAUCCCCGAGCUAGCGAGACUCAUGAAAGAAACUAAAGAGCCUUUCCUUAAUGUUAUCUACGACUGUGACCCUCUAGAGAGGAUCUCCUGGGGGAAUGUCGUGCUGGUUGGAGACGCAGCUCAUCCCACGACCCCUCAUGGUCUGAGAAGCACAAACAUGUCGGUUCUUGAUGCGGAAGUGCUAGGCAAGUGCUUGGGGGAAUGUGGACGUGAGAAUCUAAGUUUGGGUCUUGAGGAAUAUCAGAGGAUAAGAUUGCCUGUUGUUUCCGAGCAAGUUUUGUAUGCAAGGCGUUUGGGGCGUAUCAAGCAAGGUCUUGAUCGUGAUGGAGUUGGAUUGGAACAGAAACACAUGCCAUUCUUUUCUGGUGCUCCUCUUGUCUAAUGAUAUUUGGUGCGAGAGAUGUUGUAUGUUAAUGAGUGUGAUUAUUUAUGUAUGUUAAAGAGACAGACAGGUACAUAAUAUUUGAUACGUCAAUGUAGAAAGUAGAAACAAACGAAGGAUACGAGAUUUAUAAAACUGAAAGGGUAAAAGCACUUCAAUGUA